AUGAGUCUAAACGCACUCUUUCAACAAAUCCUUCUAACUGAACAUCAACUGACUGAACAGACACAGAAAUUCAAAGACGUCAAAGUAGCCAUCAUCAGAUGCAAUGAGAAAAUCAAGAGCGCCACAGAAAAGUAUGAAAAGGCCAGUGAGGAACUUGAUGAAAAGGCGCAGCAGUCGUCUGUGAUGAGGCUGCAGCACGACCUGAUCAAGAAAUGUGAAGACCAGAUGUUGAAGAAAAUUGAGGAGCUGCUCUGCCAGAAGACCCAUCUCUGGGAACGUCUAUCCAAGGUAAAGAGGGAGUCUAAAGAAGAAGAGGAAAUCUUCCUUCAAGAGAUCUCAAGGUUCAACAGUGACUUCAGUCUUCGAGGGAACAGAGAAACAGUGUUCGAGAGCCAAACACACACUGAGAUCCUGGACCUGGAGAGGGAGGUGGAAUCAUUAUACAAAGACAUGGAGCUGAUGAGCAGCAGUAACAGGCGCAUGAGCUCCAUGCAGGAGCAGAAGAGAGCGCUCCACCUUGAACUACAGGGUCUGGAUAACAGCCGGAGAGACCUGGAUCGGCAGUUGAGUGUGGCUGAAGCAAUGACAGAGUCUCUGAGAGCGGAGAGCCUCUUUGUCAGUCAGAAACCUCUCACUGACAGCACCUGUCUAAGAUUGAGGAAGGAGCUGGAGAUGCAUAAAAAGGCAGCGCUUGAGCUUCGGCAGGAGGAGCUCGGCUCAGAAAUACGGCUCCUGCAGUCAGUAAGUUGCUUGUGUUAUGAACAAGGCUUUUGUUCGGGCUAAUAAAAACUAUUUCAGAUAGCACACAGU